AAUUAUAAAGCAUAUACACUACCAACCUAGACAAAGAAAAAAAAAAAAAAGAAAGAAAAAUACAGUUAAACUCUUUUUUUUUUCUUUUAUUGAAGCAUCUCUCUCUCUCUCUCUCUCCCAGGCUCCAUAAAUGAAACAGAGGGAAGAUCAGCAAUCUGUUUCAAGCUCAAAAAGCCACAAAAGUCCAUGGUCAUCGUCACAGCCUGAACUCGGCGGCUCAUCAGGGCAAGUUGAAGCACAAUCCCAAAAGCGAAAAGCUGGAAGGAAGAAGUUUCAAGAGACUCGGCACCCCGUAUACAAAGGCGUUAGGAGAAGGAAUGGCAAGUGGGUCAGCGAGCUUCGAGAGCCUAACAAGAAGUCCCGAAUCUGGCUUGGAACAUUCUCGAGUCCAGGCAUGGCUGCUAGGGCUUAUGAUGCAGCGGCCUUGGCACUCAAGGGAGAUUCUGCUUCCUUAAACUUUCCCGAGUCUGCUAAUACAUUACCACGUGCUAGGUCGUCCUCCAUAAGGGAUGUUCAGUCUGCUGCUAUGGAGGCAGCGGAGGCUUUUGGUGAUGCUGAUGCCAAAACAUCAUCUAUUUCACCUUCAUUCUCAUCGUCUCCGCUGCCAUUGCCAUGCUUGCGGGACUCAGAGAAUGUUGAAGAGAGUUCAAAGAUGUUGUUUAUGGAUGAAGAAGAGGUGUUUAACAUGCCAGGGAUACUUGACAGUAUGGCAGAAGGGUUGAUACUAACGCCACCAGCUAUGCAAAAAGGGUACUAUUGGGAUGAUGUAGAGGAUUCUGUGGAAUUCAGUCUCUGGCGUGACUGAGUUGUUCUUUUUAGUAGUAUUUAUUUUAAUUUUUCCAUAAUGCUGAUACUGAGUUUACUGGACGGGAAGGUGUUGAGUAGCUAGAGAGAAUACUGAAUAGAAACUACUCCAUCAAAACUAAGCAAACAAAAGACCAGUUGAAACUCGAAAAAUCAGUCAAAAUAUUGCGUCAUUUCAAUUUUUAUUCUUAAAAAU